AUGAGCGAAGAUCUUUUUCUGUCCAAGGCGUUCUCGCAGUCUAUGCACCCUCUCAAGGUGGUCCCCUACUAUUACAGGGCUUCAGGGACAUUCGAACAGAACGAUAUUACCAUUACCACCCUGGUCACAUUCAAUCGAUUCAAAGUCUUUUCUGAGCUUGUGACAUACUACCAAGGUCCAAUUUCUGCAACUGUCCAUGUCAAACCUAGUGCAACACACGCCCUUCUGGAUGCUUUGCAUGACCUGUAUGCAUCAACGCCCGCGAUGUCAACCUACGUCGACAUACACCUCGUUCUCACGCCUUUCGACCGUCAAUUGAAUACUUGGCGAAAUGCUGCACGUCUCUUUGCUCGUACCGAAUUUGUCAUGAUGCUCGACGUGGACUUUGCCAUUUGCACCGACUUCCGUUCUGCCAUCAGGGCUAGUCUAGAUGCUAGGAUUGGACAAAUUCUUAAGGAGGGACAUGCUGCUCUUGUGGUGCCUGCGUUCGAAUAUAUCAAACAGCAAGAUGGUCUAGACCAGAAAUAUUUUCCUCGCGAUAAACAGACAUUGCUCUCGCUGGUCAAGGCGAAGAAGAUCGAUAUGUUCCACCGCACCUGGGUUCCUGGCCAUAAUAGCACCGAUUAUCCGCGAUUCUAUUCCGCCGCCCCUGGUGAAGUUUACAAGGUCACGCAGUACCACCCCGCAUACGAGCCUUACGUGAUCUUCAGAAAGGAAGGGCCACCAUGGUGCGAUGAACGCUUUAUUGGAUAUGGAGGGAACAAGGCCGCUUGUCUCUACGAGAUGUAUCUUUCCGGCAUGUCGUUUUAUGUCCUUGCGGAUCACUUCCUCGUACACCAGAGUCACCCAUACGAGGAGGAAGCGCGAAAACUUGAGCGUAAGAGUAACCGUAAGAUAUACCAGGAUUUCAAGGAGGAAGUCUGUCUCCGGUUUGUUCUUAGGCUUAUCUCUACCGCUCACGGAUGAUGAUAUCUGAGCACCUGAUCAUCUUUUUUCUUAGGUACUUGAAGCGCCACUACGAUUCUGGAACGCUUAACACCAGCCACGGAUACAAUGUUCAAGAGGAAUGCAAGAAAAUCAGAGGCGUGUCAAAAAUUGCUGCUAUGGCGAGUUUCAUGCUGGUGUUUGCAUACCUUUGAUGCAUAUGUCUGACGUUGCUUCAACAGAUGGUUGAAGGUAGAUUUUAGUAGGUGUGUCAGUAACGGGCGGUCUUCUGCUUGUACCAAGCGAGGUUGGAACGUUCCUGACAGAAAUGACGUUAAAAAUGAUAGUGUGAUAUG